CCUUUUUUCUCCUCUUCUUCUUCUCCUUCUUCUUCCAAAAAAGGCUGUGUGUUUUCUUCAAGUUUAAGUGGCAAAUUUGUAAAUUUGUAGCAGAAGCAAACUCAAGUUCUUGAAGAUCAUCAUCCAAAAAGGCAAGAAAUCAAGAAAGCAUGCUUGCCAAAAGCUUGAUGAAUCAACAACGGCAUCGUCCUCCAUCCAAGAAUCAACUUCCUCAGCAUUUUUGGCCAAAAAACGUUAUCCGGAAGUGGCUCAACCGUUCUGCUAAAAGUUCAGAAUACAGCGCCGAUCCGGAGGACGACGAUAGCUCCUGCGAUUCCGAGGGUGAAGAAGAGUCCUGUGACUGGCCAAAAGAGUCACGGAUCAAGGAUAAACAAGGAGACGAAUUCCAGAAUGGUCCUAAAGGAGCUUUUCCCAGGUCAAGACGACGAAAGUCAGAGACAUGUAGAGCACAGUACAUUGAGGCAAAAGAACUCAAAGUAUCUGCUAACACUUGGAAUGUUGGAGGGAAAUUUCCGCCAGAAGAUUUAGAUAUCAAACACUGGCUUAAUGUUGACAAUCCUUCAGACAUAUAUGUGAUUGGUUUUCAGGAGAUCAUACAGUUAAAUGCUGCCAAUAUUUUUGGCACUGAAGAUAAUCGUCCAAUCCCAGUAUGGGAAAACAUCAUUCGUGGAGCCCUUAAUAGAGUUCAACUGGAAACGACAAAAUUCAAAUGCUACAGCAACCCUCCUUCUCCAUCAAGGUUUCAACCAUCUGAUGAUGCUCCAAACAUAGAAGAUGAAGUAGUGCUAGAUAGUGACAGUGAAGGCGAGGAGGAAAUCCACCCAUUCAAUGAGGAAUCCAACUUUGAUGAGCUCAUGGAUGGUCCAGCAGGCCUAAAUGUGAAAAUGAGCAUGGAAACUUCUGACUCAAAUGAUAAUUUGCUGGCAAGUAUGCAAGCUAAAGGGAACUUAGAGAGACGGUUCUCAUCUCCAAAGAGACUGGACAGAGUAAAUUGCUUUCCAACUGAAGAUUCUGAAGAAAAUGUAAAAGCAUCGGCUCCCGCUAAUAGUAGAAAGUUAACCAGAAUACUUAGUGGGACUGAAAGGAUAGGCUUGUGCUGGCCAGAGCCACCAUUGGAUCUGCUGGCUCAGUGUGUAUCAGAGAGACCAAACACCUUGAAAACUGUUAAAUCAUUUAAAGCUUCUAAAUCUUUCAGAAACUAUAGUACUUUCAAGUCAUAUAUGAAUACCGACAAUCGAGUCAUACCAGAGGAAGUUUUUCUGGCAGAGCUGGAGCUUGAUUCCGCCAUGUACCGGAAAAGAAGAUCUCCAUAUGUAAGAAUAGUAAGCAAGCAAAUGGUUGGCAUAUUCAUCACCGUGUGGGUGCGUAGACGCUUGAGGAAGUAUAUCCAAAACGUGCACGUCUCAGCUGUUGGUGUUGGUGCAAUGGGGUGCAUAGGUAACAAGGGGUCCAUAUCAGUGCGCAUGUCAAUAUAUCAGACAUUCUUUUGUUUCAUCUGCUCUCACCUUACAUCUGGUGAAAGGGAUGCUGAUAAAGUUAAAAGAAAUGCAGAUGUUCAUGAAAUACAUAAAUGGACUCGUUUUAGCUCGAUUUCAAAUUCUACUCUCCCAGAGAGGAUAUACAACCAUGAUCGAAUUAUCUGGUUGGGUGAUCUCAAUUACCGUCUCAAUACAUCAUAUGAGGGGGCAAGAGAAUUAAUUUCCAAAAAUGAUUGGCCCAAGUUGUUAGAGUGUGAUCAGUUAAUGCGGGAGCUAAAAAAAGGUCGUGUAUUUGAUGGAUGGUCGGAAGGUGUUUUAGAUUUUCCACCAACGUACAAAUACGAGCAAAAUUCAGAAAAAUACUGUGGUGAAGAUCCUAAAGUUGGAAGGCGAACUCCAGCAUGGUGUGAUCGCAUACUUUCAUUUGGGAAGGGAGUAAGACAGUUGAGUUACAGAAGGACCGAGAAUAAGCUUUCUGAUCAUAGGCCUGUGACUGCAACAUAUAUGAUAGAAGUCGAAGUUUUCUCUCCAAGGAAAUUACAAAAAGCCCUCACAAUCACUAAUGCAGAGAUUGAAAACGAUGGUAUCAUCGCAGAACUUGGAGUAGACGGUGAAAUUAAGUGCUUAAGAUUAACAGAGGAUGCAUAUUGGUAGUUAAGACACAUGCACAACCUCAAAUACGUUACUGAGUUGAGUUGACUCGGGCUUUUUGGAUUCAGUCAAUUCUUUUUUUACUCGAAUCAUUUGUUACAGUUGAGUUUCAUUGGUUGUCCUCAAAAGGUGCUAUUUGUGUGUAAAUUUGUGGUAAAUUUGUGGUGUUGUAUAGUUCUUUUUAUUCAAAACUAGGUUAGCAAAGAAAAUUACCUUUAAUACUCCAGAAAAUGUUAUUUGCAUUCUACUGUUUUCAUGUACUUGUGGGCCCUAUACAUCGUUUUUUGAAUUCUUGGAUUGCAAAUAACAUUUUCCCAAUAGUUUUUGGUCGAUGAUUUUGUUUGUAGUGGGCGAAGUUGGAUCGUUGUGUAGCACAGUUUUGUAAGUAAUACAUGAUUUGUGACUCGGUGUUUGAUUGGAUAACGUUAUGACGGAAGGAAAGGAUCCAAGAGUAUGAGCUUGAUGUUAGUAGAAGUGUGUUAUUGUUCAUGAUCAAUUGUUUGUUACCUUGUUCCCCAUUUGUUGUAUUUUUGAAAUCUGAAAAUAAAGAGAUGAGCGAUAUUUGUC